AUGUCACAUAUAGCUGUCGUAACAACUGGUUGUGGCGUCUUCCGAGGCGACGGUGCUGGGACACAUGGUGCCCAUGGCCACAGCCUCACGCAAAAAACAUUUUUUGGAGGGCGCGGGCGACGGGUGCGGCGACGGGGCGACAGGCGACGGGCGACGGGACACGGCGAGGGGCGCGGGCCACGGGUGCGACGGCGGCAGGGCGACGGGCGCGGGCGCGACGACGGGCGGCGGCGCGGGCGACGGGCGACGGGCCGGCGGGGCGACGGGCACGCGUGGGGGGCGGCGGGGGCGCGGGCACGGUGCGACGGAGCGACGGGCGACGGCGACGGGCAACCGGGGGCGACGUGCGACGGGCGCGACGGAGCGACGAGGCACGGGGCGACGGGGCGAACAGGGGCACGGCGACGGAGCGACGGAGCGACGGGGCAGCGGGGCGGCGGGGCGCGAACGUGCGACAGCGGGCGGAGGCGGGCGGCGGUGGCGUCGCGAGCGGACGUAAAUGUCAGCCUCUGGGGGAGCCAUGCAACGAGCGACUUGUUCUCCGCGGCCCGCUGGCGCGAUCGAUCGGCCGCCGUCUGCCCGCCGCCCUUCGGCAGGGAUUCUUCCAGACGACACGUGCCGCCCGUCCCUCUUGCCCACAUUCCAAGACUCGAGGGCUCUUAUGCACGUCUGCUGCUGCGCUCAACACCAAAUGAACCGGAAGCUUCCAAAAGGCCACAGUUCCCUCAGCUGAUCGGUUCACAUUCGUUGUUGGCUUCGACUGACAGAUUGAUGUGGCCGGCCGGGUCAGUUGCUGUGGUCAUUGGUCCCAUGUCAUUACCAGAAAAACUUGGCAUGUACUACUUUUUCUGUUUUCAUCGUUUACGAUGGUGA